CACUGCUCACGGCCCACAUAACAUCACCUGGGCCCAUAUAUUACUGCUCACGGCCCACAUAACAUCACCUGGGCCCAUAUAGCACUGCUCACGGCCCCUGUAUCACCAGAUGGGCACAUAUAGCUCCUAUAUCAGCACCUGGGCCCAUAUAACAUGGUUCACGGCCCCUAUAUCACUGCCUGGGCCCAUACAGCACUGCUUACGGCCUGUAUAACAUCACCUGGGCCCAUAUAGCACAGCUCACAGCCCCUAUAACAUCACCUGGGGCUCAUAUAGCACUGCUCACGGCCCCUGUAUCACCAGAUGGGCACAUAGAGCUCCUAUAUCAGCACAUGGGCCCAUAUAGCAUGGUUCACAGCCCCUAUAUCAUUGCCUGGGCCCAUACAGCACUGCUCACGGCCUGUAUAACAUCACCUGGGCCCAUAUAGCACUGCUCACAGCCCAUAUAACAUCACCUGGGGCUCAUAUAGCACUGCUCAUGGCCCCUGUAUCACCAGAUGGGCACAUAUAGCUCCUAUAUCAGCACAUGGGCCCAUAUAGCAUGGUUCACGGCCCCUAUAUCACUGCCUGGGCCCAUACAGCACUGCUCACGGCCCGUAUAACAUCACCUGGGCCCAUACAGCACUGCUCAUGGCCUGUAUAACAUCACCUGGGCCCAUACAGCACUGCUCACAGCCCAUAUAACAUCACCUGGGCCCAUAUAGCGUGGUUCACGGCCCUUAUAACACCGCCUGGGCCCAUAUAGCCCCCCCAGGGCCCGUACAGGCCCGCCCGGCCCCGUUGCCAUGGCGACAGCGCCGCGCCGCGGCCGCGCAGGCCGCGCCGGAAGCCGGGUCCCGUUGCCGUGGCGACGCGGCGGCGCGCAGGGCCCGUUGGGAGUCCGUUGGGCCGCCCGGCCGGGCCGGGACCCGCCAUGGAGCCCGAGGCGCUGGUGCAGUGCCCCUACGACAGCAGCCACCGCCUCCGGGCCUCCCGCCUGCCCUACCACCUCGUCAAGUGCGAGCAGUGCCUCUUGUCUCUCCUCACCCCCUCCCACCCCCAGAACAACCCGCAGGUAGCCCGCACGCUAGCCACCUGCCCCUUCAACGCCAGGCACAGGGUGCCCCAGGCCAAGCUGUGGAGCCACGUCGCCUCUUGCCCCGACAAGCGCCAGCCUGAUCUCCCCCACGAGAUGGACAUGUCCCUCGGUGACAGAGCGAAGCAAUCCGAUGUCCCCACAGCCUGGCAGAGCCCCCCGUGCCAGGAAGACUGGGAGGCUGAGCUGGAGGACCUGGAGGACCCUCCGCCGUUCAUCUUCAACGUCAGGAUGAACGACCCGCUCCUCCUCCCUCGCGACAGCAGGACGCCUCGGGGGGGGGUGGGACACGACACCCCACGGAGCCCCCACCGCUCCGGGCAGCACGCAGAGCUCAGAGGAGGUGACAGAUUUGGGGCGGUACGCGUGGAAAUGGAAACGGGUGUGUCCCCAGCCGGGCUCCCUGCCCACCCCAUCACCAAGCUCAGCGUGGAGAAUCAGGACGCGCGCCCACAUGGGUUUCUCUCGGCGAAAAGCUUUCCCCUCCUGCAAAUCCCAUCCCGGCGGCCGCUUCCCCUCGCCGGAGAGCGAAACCCUUUUUCCCCCCCCCUCCCGCUCUGCCCGCAGGUGGAAAACCAUCCGAAUCCCUCCCCGCUCCAGCAGUUUCAUGUGUGCUUCGAACUGUGCCAGCAACGGCCUUACAACACUUGCCGGGAGUUUUUGCUCGGAGGGUGGAUCCGGCCGGGUAGGUUGGAGGACUGGCUUAUUUUCAUCCCGGAGCCGGAUGGGAAACGACAGGCGUUUCCCUCCUUUUUCCACCUAUUUUGCUGUUCUUUUCGCCCUGGCAGAUCUCAGAGAACUCCCCCCCCCCUUCUCUGGGGAGCCGGCGGGUUUUUCCCCUCGGCGGAGGCUGCGGGGUGGGAGAAUUGAAUAUUUUUGGGUGGUGGGGCAGUUCUGUGUCACCUUCGGCUGCCACCUUGGGGCACUUUGGGGACAGCAGCUCCUGCCUCCCACCCUGCCCCCCCCCCUCCCCCCCUCCUUUCCAGGCGGGUCCCGCCUGGCUUCUCCGUGAUUUUGGGGAGAUUUUUUACACCUUUUUGACCUCACCUUACACGCUUUAACCGUUUUACCCCUGUUCUCUUCAGUGCAGCGAUGAAACAUCCCAUGUGCCCCCACCCUCAUAUGAUUCCCACAGUCCCGAGGGGGGGGGGGUACCAGCUGAGCCCCCCCCCCGGUAUAAACAGGGGUGCCCAGUUCCGCGUGUUGACGUGAGGCCACACCAGUUCCCCCCCCCACCACCACCAUUCCCAGGACAAAAUUCCCCACGUCGUUCCCCGGCUGUGAUUCAGCGCCCGGCACCGCUCCCCGGCUGGUUUCUACCGGGGGGGGGUUGGGGGGGGGGGGGGAGGAGGAUGGGAAGGGG